AUGGGUACACAACUAUCAAAAAAAAAUUCUCCUCAACUAUCACAAUUGAAAUAUGAUUUAAGUCGUUUUGCUGUUAUUACAGUUUUAUUCAAUCCAAUUAAAUAUAAAUCACGUUAUGAUUUAUAUCAUAAAUUUAAUAAACAUAUGUUACGCUGUGGUAUUAAAUUAUUUACUAUUGAAUGUAUAUUCGAUAUAGAUGAACAAUUUGGUUUACCCAGACAAAGAUUUGAAAUAACACGUGCAAAUGAACCUCGACAUUUACAAAUCAAAGCUCCUUCAGUUAUAUGGUUAAAAGAAAACUUAAUUAAUAUUGCUGUUAAACAUUUACCUUCAAGCAUUGAAUAUAUUGCAUGGCUUGAUGCAGACAUAGAAUUUCAAAGUUAUGAUUGGCCUUAUCUGGCUAUUGAUCAAUUACGACAUUAUCCAAUUGUACAAUUAUUUCAAUUAUCUUUCUUUUUAGGACCAUCAGGAAAAAAACAAAUCUUACGUCGUGAUUAUUCAUUUGUUUAUUCUAUUACACAUGGAGAACCCAUUGAUUUUCGUCGUUCAUCGGAAUGUUAUUUUCAUCCUGGUUAUGCAUGGGCAAUGCGUCGUAAAACGUUUGAUGAUAUUGGUGGUCUUCUCGAUUUUUCUAUUCUUGGUUCAGGUGAUAUUCAUUUUGCGUAUGCAUUAUUAAAUCGUAUUGACGAAACUAUUCCAUCUGAAAUACAUAAUGAUUAUCGACGUUUAGCUAAUGUAUGGGGAGAACGAGUUGCCCAAGUAGCUGGUAAUGGUACUCAUGUAUCAUAUAUUCCAGUUAAUAUAUGGCAUCAUUGGCAUGGUAGCCGUCGUGAUCGAAGAUAUACUGAACGAUGGGCACUUCUUGAAAGAUUUCAAUUUUCUCCAUUGACGGAUCUAGAAAAGAAUGAUAGAACAGGUUUAAUUCGUUUAACAGAUAAUUAUCAUUAUGAUCAAUCAAAUUCAGCUCAACGUUUAAAAUUACUUGAAACAAAUAUCAUAAAUUAUUUUCGAUUACGUGAUGAAGAUAAUAUGAAAAAUCCUAUACCAACAUUAAAUACAGAUAUACUAUCAAAUGAACCAACAAUGCCCUCAAAUCAAUUUUUUCGUCCAAUUGUUGAAGCAUCAAUUCAUUCUGAUGCAUCAUCGAUAGAAGAUUAUUAUAAAUCUAAUGAUUCAACACCUCGGCAUUAUCUAUCUGAAUAUCAAUCUCAUAGUUAUAAUAAUGAUGAAGUUGUCCUUUAA